UCUUUUUUUUGAUAUAACUGUGCAAAGACGCCAAAGUUUUCUUUUUCUGCUAUCGGAGCCGAUUUCCCUCCGCUUUCGGACUCUCGUCAAGUUGAAGGGUUUGCUCAAAAUCUUUUAAUCACUUGCAUACUGCUGGCUUUCUGGGAAGCUUCUGGGUGUACCUACGGAUCAGUAAGACAAUACUAAGCUUCCAAAUUUGGAAGUUGUCGAUAGAUUAUUUUUGGGAUUGGAUAAAGCUUCUAGAAAUGGAAAGUUCCAAGGACAAGAGAGCAGAGAAGAGAGGCUACGAGCUGGUAGACAGUGUCGAUCCAGAUCAUCUAUCACAAUCAAAGAAGCCAAAACUACCUGGUUUGGCCAGUGUAAUCGUGGAGGCUUUGAAGGUGGAUAGUUUGCAAAGACUUUGCUCAUCUUUGGAACCUCUUCUCAGGAAAAUUGUUAGUGAAGAAGUGGAGCGUGCGUUAGCAAAACUGAGCCCUGUUAAACUGGUUGGAAAUGGAAGGUCUCCACCACCAAGAAUUGAAGGGCCAGAGCCGAAAAAUCUUCAGCUUCAUUUCAGAACAAGAAUGCCACCUCAUUUGUUCACUGGUGGGAAGGUUGAGGGAGAGCAAGGGGGAGCCAUUCAUGUUGUUGUGUUAGAUCCUAACACAGGCCAUGUGGUCCAAACUGGACCAAUAUCAGUUGCGAAGUUGAACGUUGUUGUCCUUGAAGGUGACUUUAAUGAUGAAUCCGAUGAUGAUUGGACGAAAGAAGACUUUGAAAGCCAUGAAGUAAAGGAGAGGGAGGGGAAAAGGCCACUUCUAACUGGAGAUUUGCAGAUUAUAAUGAAGGAAGGAGUGGGGACCUUAGGGGAUCUUACUUUCACUGACAAUUCUAGUUGGAUAAGGAGCAGAAAAUUCAGGCUUGGCAUUAAGAUGGCUACUGGUUGCUGUGAGGAGAUCCGUGUUCGUGAGGGCAAGACUGACGCCUUUGCUGUUAAAGAUCAUAGAGGAGAAUUAUACAAGAAACACUAUCCACCUGCUUUGCAUGAUGAAGUUUGGAGAUUGGAUCGCAUAGCAAAGGAUGGGGCACUUCACAAAAAAUUGAUUCAAGCAAAUAUAGUAACUGUAGAGGAUUUCCUUCGUCUUCUUGUCAGGGACCCUCAGAAAUUGAGGAGUAUACUGGGUAGUGGAAUGUCCAAUAGAAUGUGGGAGAAUACUGUGGAGCAUGCCAAGACGUGUGUCUUGGGUGGUAAGCUGUUUGUGUAUUAUACCAAUGAGACCAAUGAUGUUGGUAUUGUGUUCGAUGAUAUAUAUGAGCUGAGAGGCCUUAUUGCUGAUGGUCAGUUCUUCUCUUUGGAAUCACUUACACCAAAUCAGAAGAUGUCUGUGGAUACAUUGGUGAAGAAAGCAUAUGAAAAUUGGAACCAAGUUGUUGAAUAUGAUGGCAAAGUUUUAAGUUCUGUGACAAAUGCCAAAAAUGGAUCAAGAACUGUAGCUCCACCUACAAUGAACCAGAAUGGCCAUGUCACGGAGCAGCAGUAUAUUUCUCCAAAGAGUAGGCUACCAUAUGUCUCGUCUGAACCAAGCCAACGCUUUCAAAUACAAAACAACAGCUCUUAUGCCGCUGAUUUGUCUGCAUUUGGGAAAACUGAUAAUCAGAUUUUAGGGACAGCAUCAAAUGACUCCCAAUUAACAUUGACUGGCAGCAUGAAUUACAUAACAAGUCAAAAUCCUGCAGUUGAAGCUCCAUAUUUCCCAGGUGACUGGUCUCGACAGAGAAGUGGGCAAGGACUGGAAGACAUUGUGGCCGAAGAAAUCCGUCAUAGGAGUUCAGAGAUGCUAGAGAGUGAUGAUAUGCAGAGAUUGCUCAAGACAAUUAAUGUUGGUUUUGGUCAUCCUAACGACAGUUGUUAUUCCUACAGUUUGCAGUAUGAACCUCAGACAUAUCAAACCUUUAGCGAGGAUCACGGCAAGAGUUCUGGGAAGGCAGUGGUGGGGUGGCUUAAGCUCAAAGCUGCUUUAAGAUGGGGAAUAUUUAUCAGAAAAAGAGCUGCACAAAGGAGAGCACAGCUUACUGAACUGAAUUGAGUUUAAAUGCUACAAGAGUAGUUCCAUUCAAUGCAUACAGAACUCGAGAAAAAAGUGAGAAAGGACGUUGCUGUGUAAUCCAUAGUUGUUGGUGUUCUGCUUCCUGACUAAUCCUGGAACAACAAGCAGCAUAUGCUGUGCUGUUUAUGAAUGAACCACACUUUCUCUAACUCGCAGUUUCCAGUUUAGUUGGUGCACUGUGUUGUAACAUGAUUGCCCUCUCUUUAUCUGGGCAUUUUUAUGUUGUUAUUUGGUUGUGAUUUAUUCUUAUUCUUGUUUAUUUAUCUUCUAUGUAUUUAAAAUUUGUACUGUGAACAUCAUAUAAUAAUAAUAAAAAAAAUUUAAUUUGUUA